CUACUCCACAUCAGCAAGAAUGGACUCCUCCAGUGUCACCAUGGAGUGCAGACAGCAAACGAAGCGGCAGCUUUACCAACACUUCGCCAUCGUUUCCAUCGUCUUCACCAUCCGACAUCAUCCCCUCCGAGAAUAGUAGCAGCACUUGGGAAGAGCGCUUUGCCAGCAUCCUCAGAGUAGUCGACGAUGACAAUGCCAACAUGGCCGCAAUCGCAUCCCAGCCGCAACAACAACAACAACAGUUUGUCAAAGACAACACAUGGCCACUUUCGCCUCCCCCAAUACCUCCUCCUCCAACUUCAACAACGACAGCAGCGAUUGACUGUGGUUUAAAACGUCACUCUAGCUACAAUGAUGUCCAUCCACGCAACCUGUGGAACAAUAGUAAUGCCAGCAUGAUCAGCAUUAGCAACCACAAGAACGCUAGUAUCACUGGCAACGUUAGUAACGGCGAUGGCGCGAAAACAGAUACUGCAGGGAGCGGCGGCAGCAGCAGCAGUGUUGGCAUGGGCCUUUUAGUCGCCAACACGCAGCUUUUGCAGAACAUGGUGCAGAUGGGGCACUUGGGGUGCCGCCAUUGCGGUGCUGGAACCCACUCGACUCCAAGAGACUGCCCGUAUGUACCGAUCAUGAGCUAUCAAGAUGCAUGGCUCCAGUUGCUGCAAGCCGGGCAUCGGUGCGAUACUGCUUUGUUUAUGGAAGCCAUUGAUGUGUAUUCAAAAGCGCGGCCCAACGAGACACUGCCUAGCAUUGCUCGACGUUUGCACGACGCAGGGUCAGCUCUUCAACUCGUCGCACUAGACAAUAACCUGCUUCCAAGUACGACCAUUCUUGUUGACUUACAAGGCAUGAUGCGUCGCAAAUACACCGCUGUGGCCAUGGUGGCUCCCUUUUCACCUGUGACUCCAAGCAACUACAACUUUUCAGCAGCACCGGUAGGAAGCAAGGAUGAAUAUUGGAACCACCAUCAGCAGCAACAUCGCUACUAUGGCAGUGGCGGUUUCCAAUGCAAGAACAACAAGCCUGGAAUGCCAGAAUCAGCUGAGCAAAACAUGGCAAGGCUCGCAGAAGCUGGCUUUGCUCGAGACCUCACAGAGAUAGCUUGCUGCACGUUAUGCAAACAAUCGGGUCAUUGGGCGAAAGAUUGUGCUGCACGUACAACAAAACCAACAACGACGACAACAACAACAACAUACCAUCCUCCUCCUCCGUCACAAGAUUUAUUGUCGUCGUCGUUUCAUCAUCAUCACCAUCAUCAUCAUCAGCAACAGCAACAACGGCCUUUUUCACGACGCCAUCAAUCAGCCGGCAAUAUUUUCAACUCAGUGAUGAAUACAUUGGGGCCAGCUAGUAAAGAUACUCCACCAAUUCGUGAGCGACGAUUUAACUCCUUUGUGUCGGAUAAUACCUCCAUCUUUGACACGAUGACGACAACAUCAGCUGUUCCUCCUCCUCUAUCAAAAAACACAGCAACUGCUUCUACUAAUGAUGGUGCAGCAGCUGUGCGAUCUACCACAACAAGAAAACAGUUUGAUUUUGUAAAUGGCAAUGCCCCGGAUUCAGGUCGUCGACUUUAUUACAACUUAACUGAAUAUGUGCUUGUUGAUGGUAUUUAGCCCUUUAUAUUAGUUAUUUGAAAUCACGUAAAUAUGCAGUACCGCAUGUCGUAGUACCUGUCGUAGUAGUGCGCUGUUGUUAUAUAACAAUACGUACAUCUUCUUCUUCAUCAGAGCCAUCGUAUUACAAUGGCAUUUGCUUUUCUUAUUCACCAUAUUACAUUUGUUUUAUCAAAAGUCACUGUUUUUUGUUCUAUAUGAUACUUUUGUCGCUCCUCCCCGAUAUAUAUAUGAUAUAUAUAGCUUUUCUAAAUACU